CGCGCUGUCAGCCGGCGCGACGCCCGGGACGCCCGCGACCCCAUCCGAGUGGCCGUCGACUCGGGAGCAUGCGACUCCCGUGAGAGCCGCGUCGGGCCGCGACUCGCACGCCACCGGCGCGACGCGGCGGCGCGCGUUACUGCGCAGGCUCCGCCGCGAGUAGCGACAGGUGGCGAACGAAACGCGUCGACCGUCAUGGCGGGCCUGGCCGGCAGCAGCGCGACUGGCCUCGCCAGGCCGCCGACCAUGCUGGAGCAGCUUCUCGAAGAGAUCAAUUUCCAGAGGACCAAGGAGAUGCGGCAGCUACUCAAGGACGAUUCGGGUUUUGUAAUGCUCCAAGGCACUACGUACUGGACGGAUCUCUUCGUUCGCCACUUCCUCUUCCAGGCGGAACACACGAUCGACGGGGACGACCUGCUCUUCUUCGUGCGUAAGAAACACGUGAAGACCUCUUCGAGGUACCUUCCGAAAUUCGAGACCGAGGUAGACGUCUUCCGCAAGGACAGCAAGAAACUGCCAAUCGGAGACCCUGACAUAGACUGGGAGGAGACAGUCUAUCUCAACCUCGUUGUGCACCAGUUUGACUACACUCUGACUCUCGCCAUUUGCACGAGGACUAGUCCGAAGGAAUUACAGGUUCUUCGAAGACACUCGCAAAAAGUUUACGCCAGUCCAAGCCGCAGACGAAUGGACGCCAAGGGAGACCUCGAAGAGAUGACGUACCCGCACAUCUGUUUUAUGGUGGACAACUUCGACGAAGUUUUCUGUGAUAUCCUAGUCAGGGACGGGGAGAUGGUUUGCGUGGAGCUGGUCGCCUCCGAUAGGGACGGUGCUGUCCAGGGUGUGAUAUUUCUGGGGUCGAUACGAUACGACGCACUAAAGAAGGUUUACGACGCCAGGUCGAGCCUGAGCACGAAGAUGGCGCAGCGCAUGACCUUCGGCCUCUUCUCCGGAGCAACGUCUCAAAGAGUCGAGUUCGUGCGGAUGAAGGGACCUCAAGGCAAAGGUCACGCCGAAAUGGCCGUGACUAAGCCCAAGGGCUCUGGAGCUGAAACACCAACGUCAGAACCUGGUUACUGUGCCACGGAUGCUCUUUGGGAUGCCGAUUGGGACGACGCCGAAGAGCUAUUUCUGUAUCGCCAUCAACGAAGGUUGUCGGACCCCAGCGCGAACUUGAACAACUUUGUACGUGGAGGCUGGAGAACGAAACCGGAGGCCACGGCAACCAAGGCUAGAUCCGAGAACGAAGGACUGGACUCGAUGGCCAAUGGUCUCAGCGAGAUCGAGGCAGGGGACGUUCGAGAUGCGGAGAGACAAGAAAGCAGCUGGGGCGGGCGGGGCUCGCCAGCUCAUUCUCUAGGGAAUUGCCGAAGUCCUCGCGUCCACCGACGAAGAUCUCCUCUCCAAUCCUGCCGGAACGCCAACCGAAAGCAACGUAAUUCUCGGGAUCAAGACGAAGAGCGAAGCCAAGUCUCGCCGUCUCGCAAGGAGGCCUAUCGCGAGACUCGCGGAAGCUCCCCUCAUCAACAUAUCGAGGUCGGCAGCGAGAUCCUGCCGCCUGGCACCUGCCUGACCGACGACAAUGUCCGACAAAAGCUGGACUCCGGCGCCAUUUUGGUUCACGGCAAGGAGGAACUACCUCUGGGCUACGAGCCCGACAACAAUGACGCGCGCAUGAGCCAACAACGUCCUCGCAACCGGCGUCGUCGAGAGGAUUCAAGGGACGAGGACGCCCGCGGGGUACCCCUGGAGAACGGCGACGACCGCUCGCCACCGUCCCCUGUUCUGGGCAGGAUGAACGGCUCCAUCGGCAACGGCCACGACAGCGAGCACGCGUCUUCCGGCGAGCACGAGGAGCCCAAGAACCCCAACAAGAACGAGGAGCCCAAGAACCACAACAAGAACGAGUCGACCGCCGCCAGAGACAAAAACGCGAACACCAAAGUGCCCAGAGCUAACGGAUGCAUACAGAGGCACGGGGCCACCCUCCCCAGGAGGCGAAGAAGACGAGCCCUCUCCGGGACCAUCCUUGGCAACCCGCUUCCGCCGCAUCGCGUCACCCCGGAUGGUACCGCGAUCUACUAUUGGUGCGAGCUCCCGCGCCGCCCCGGCUCUCAGGAAUUGGACGACGGGGCUUACAAUCCUCUCUGGACCAUGCGGGGAUUCACUCAGACUUUUCACUUUUGGAAGGAGACCAGAAGAGCCCAGUCCGUCCCACUCAACGCCUUCCUUACGUACAUCACUUUGCCUUGGUGGAGCAUAGCCAAGGAUAUCCUUGACCAUCGAGAAGGACCCAUCCUGACAUUCUAGCCGGUCUUUUUUCAUCGAAUCUCUUUCUCCUACGUUUCUUUCUUCUCGUUUUAUACGCUAACGCGCGACGAGCGAAACUCAAAUAAAUGUAAUAUUAAGGUAAAUUAAUAAACUAUAUGAUUUUGCAA